UGCUGUUGGACACUGUCCCACUCAGAGGACGAGACGUUUUCAUCUGAAGUUCUUCACCGUCGAUUAAAUAACUGCUUUUUUAUUCCUAAACGUGGGAACAGACGCUUCUUAUUCCCAGUGUUGGAUCCACAUGCAGGAACAGGUGUGUUGUGUGUGAGUGUUCAGUGUGUGUGUGCGUUUUUAAGGCCAUGUUGGAGGGAAAGAAAAGCCGAGGGUCUCGGCAUCGCAGCAAAGCAUCGAAGACCAGCAGCAGCAUCGACCCCCCCGGCUCUGCAGCCAGGAAAACCCCCCCAGACGACAGCCACGGUGUCAGCUCUGCUCCACGCUUUUCGUUGCUCCCGGAACGUUGUACCGCUUCUCCGGCUCCAGGGCCCUUAGCGAGCCCCCUGAUUGGAGGGCUCCCAGGGAGCUCGCUGCUGAUUGGACAGCAGGCUGCAUUCUUGCAGCUGGCUCAGCUGAAAGCCCACCUCGCAUUGGCGCAAAUAAACAACUCUUUCGCUGUUGGCGGUCGAGCUACAAGCUUGACAGCAAACUCCAAAGCACCUGCAUCAUAUUUGUCAGCGACGCCCCCCUCCCCGACUGCUGCAGCGAUCAAUCUCCUAAACGUUCUGAAGGUCGCCAACACCAUGUCCCAUCAUCUGUAUAACCCCUAUGCGACAGGGAAUCAGAGUUCAACCCAGGGACAGUAUGGACUCUCCUCCAGUGUUCAGGCAGAAAGGGACCCAAGGAGUGGAUCUCAUCUGGGAUCUGGGUCCAGCUUCAGCUCUUCUGGAGCUUCUUCUGUGACUCCUGUCAACUCCAGGGGAACAGCGCCCUCACUCCUUAUGCCAGUAAACUACAGGCCUUUCCAGAAUACGACCAUGAUUGACAAGGACAUAGAGAGGUCUGUAGAGAUGCAUAUUAGCAGAGCAAGGGAGCAAGUGAGUGAUCAGUCUGUUGGUCAGGGCUCUCGCUUCACCGGUACUCAAAGAGAUAAGUUUCAAGCUUCAAGCACGGGGGCGAUGACCUAUCCGAUGUCCUCAGCUUCCCAAGAUCACAGACCCUCUGACGUUGAAACUGGCAGAAGCUCCUUGAACUGGUUGCCUAACUACAGCAAAGCACCUGAGGUUGAUUCGUCCAAAUUCCUUUCAUCAUCUGGUUCAUCUAGCUAUCCGAGCAGUGGUGACGGUAGGUUUAAUGUCUCGGGUGGAAGAGGACGCAACAUGGAAAGCAUCCCUGGUUUAGGUGAUUAUAAUUAUCCAGUGCCAGACAAACCUGCGGCUCCUGCUGAAUCAAGUCGGCCCAAGUACACCUCCGAGUCGGCUGCCAGCAUUCUGCUGCACUUUGGACUUGAAAAAGACGAUUUGGAACAUCUCAUCGCCUACCCUGAGGACCAGAUCACCCCGGACAACCUGCCUUUCAUUUUGCGCCAAAUCCGCAUACAGAAGGAUAAGAAAACUACAGGUGUGGCUCAGUCAACCUACCCUGAACCCAAACCAACCUCAAGCGUGAGAGGAAUGGACAGAUUGGGUGGUUCCAUAAGUGCAGGGAUGUCCCAGGACAAAAUAUCAUCGACGAUACUCCAGCCAAGUAAAGUGAUUGACUAUGGACAUACUGGCAAAUACACUGGAGCCGUUGGGGAAGAGAGUGGGAGCGGCCAAAGGUUGCGGAUGGACACUUACGAUAGCAGUGGUCGCAGCCGGAAACCACCUCAAAAGAGCAUGACAGAAGUGACUUCACGUGACCAGGGUGCCUCUCUUGCCAGUAUCAACUCUCUGUACAGUUCAAUGCAGAGCUCCUUGACUCCUCCUAGCAGUCUUUCAUCUACCCAACUGAACCAGGCUUCUCAAGCAAACCUCAAUACUUUCAAGAAAGACACGGACAUAAGACGUCAUGUGUCUGAAGUCUCCAAACCAGUUCCUUUGACCACAGUCACAAUUGAGCCACAGUCAAGUCGCCAGCAGAUGUCGACAUCAAAUCAGUCAACAAAAACCCAACCGACCUGCACUCUGUUUCGUGGCGUUCAUCCCGGGCGCCCCGGCCUUGUGCUCAUUGGCAACAAUGUGACCAGUCGCCCUGAGGGUCAGACUAAUACCAAAGGGCAAAAGCCAAAUGUUGGUGGGCAGAUGAACGAACAGGCGACUCGGCAGAAGAUUCAGCAGCAACAACCAGUGAAGCAGGUGCAGCAGCAACAAGCUCAGAAGCUGCCUCAACAUUGGACACAACAGCAGCAGGUUCACAAUCAGCCAGUGCCUCCGAUGGGGCAACCUCUAAAUCCUGCAGGCUUUUCUGCUGCAAAGACCGUUCCUCCACCUCCCUUCAUCCACGGCACCUCGCGUCCCAUUCCACCUGCCGUGUUUAUGCCCGGUGAUCUUCGCCAAACUGCUAAUCCUCCACCUCCCGCUCAGCCACUUCCACCCCUCAUGAACUUACUUCAGAUGAUCCCGCCACCGUCCAACAAGGAGGGCCCAGCACAAGUGGUAGUCUCCAAGGGUCUUCCAACGGCGGCCAUGAUACAUGACUAUGCUGCGGCCACACCGAGAGUCUUUCCACAUACCUGUUGUCUGUGUAAGAAAGAAUGUACUCAUGUGAAGGAUUGGAUCUCCCACCAGAAUACCAGCCUUCACCUUACGAACUGCAGGCUCCUUCGUAGUCGAUACCCUGAUUGGGAUGGCGAAGUCCUUCCUUUGCCAAGUGCUCCAGGUAAAGAUGCCAAGCCUUCACCAUCAACGUCUGCCCAGACUUCCCAGCGACGUCACCAGAAAACCAGACACAACAGUCGUUCCCGUUCCCGUUCCCGUUCCUACAGCCCCCACCACCGCCACGACUCGGAGGGUAGAAGGGACAAGCGCCGGAGUCGACCUCGAUCACCACACAGCUCCAGACACGCUCGCAGGUCCCGGUCUCGCUCUUGGUCUCCACUUUAUGACCGCCCUACCUCAUCCCGUUACCGAUCACGUUCACGGAGCUAUGAGAGAAGAUUGUCUCCGAGGAGGAGCCGCGAGCAACGAUCGCCGCCAAGGAGGAGUGACGAGAAACGCUUCUCACCGAGGAGGAGCCGCGAGCGACGAGACAAGAAGACAACUCCUCAACGGAAGAAGUCCAGCAGCGCAGAGAGGCUAGCUAAGAAACUUCUGGAAACAUCAGCUGUCCACUCUUUGUCUAAAGACACUGACCUGGAAGCCGUGGUUAAAACUCUGGCUCCUGCCUUACUGGCUGAGUUAGCCAAGAUGAAGUCACCUUCGUCAGCCUCUGUCGCCUCCACCUCCUGUAAAACAAAAUCAGCUACGAAGUCAAAUAAAUCAAAGCCUAGCCAACAGAAGAGUGACCAGAAUCAAGUUUCAUCUGCAAACGUGGUGAAGCUGGAAAAGAUUUACAGUAAUCUGUCUCACAAGGACGUGUUAACUGCUACGGAGCAAUUUGGAAAAAUCAAGUCAGUUGUGUUGUUGAGGUCCAAGUUUGAGGCACUUGUGCAUUUUGAGAGCGAGGAAGACGCUAAGAAAUUAAAGACCCUCAAGAGCUUUUACAUCAAAGAAAAACUGGUUUUUGUUGCCACGGAAGAGGAUUCUAAGCUUCUCCCGACUUCUUCUGCAAAGGAACUGAAGAAGCCUCCGCUAAAAUCUGCCAAGUCUAGCGUCUCCACACCUAAAACCACAAAACCCACUUCUACUGGAAAGGCUGCUUCGUCUUUAUCCCCUGGAGCCAAAAAAAACACAACUGGUAAACUCGUCACUAAAGCAAAAGUCUUGGUUUCCAAAGCAAAAAAUGGUUCAACCAAGCAGAUAACCAAGACUGUGAAAAAAGACAAUGUGGCUGCAAAAGGAGAGCCCAACACUUCUAAGAUUUCAGAACAGCAGCCUGAUGCUGGUGGUCCCAAACAAAAGCAGACAGCAAAGGUUGUCAAAUCACAGAGCCUAGCUCAAAAAAAUAAAGACACCGACGAAAAGGUCUUGGUUUCCCAAGCAGAAACAACUUCCACUACACCCAAGCCUCAAGUGGAAACUUCCUCUGCAGCAGGAAUAUCUCAAGAAAACAGUGGAAAUAUUUCGCCGUCCAAACCUACGACAAUAACGCUGCCUGAAAUAGAGACUCUCAUGCCCAAAGCAGAGGUUCAGGAAUCUGUAGUGGUGCCCGAAGUCACCACCAAAGCUGAGCCGUUGGAUCUUGAGGAAACAGGAGUUACAGAACCCAUGGAAGUUGAAAGUUUAGCGGAGUGUAAAACAGAAAAUGUGACGGAAACAAAGAUCUCACCAAACAAAUCCAAUGAGAGUCCUCCAACAAGCUGUACGGUUGGGACCAAACCUGACACGCCUUCUUCUGAACCUCCUGCUGAUCAUCAAAAACCAGAAUCCUCGGUCGAAGCUCCAGAACAGAACCAGCCAAACGCGAUGCCAGAUCCAGAGACCAAAGCACAAGGACUCGACACUAAGACAAAGGCUUUGCAGAUGCAGGAUGAAGGAAAAAUGACCGAAGCAACUCUGGAGGCAAAAGCUCCUGAGUCGACCCAAAAGGAUCCAGCAGCUAAAGAAGUCGACAGUGUGACGACUGAAGUAGCUGCGACGGCUAAAACUGAUCUGGACUCAACCAUGUCGCCUUCAAACGCUGCCACCGCUUUGACUGUUGGGGAGAGGAUAGAAACACUUCUUUGUCCUUCAAAAAUCCCUUGUCUCACGAAACAGAAGAUACCAUUCCAACGACUUGUUAAGCUUGAUUUUAGGGUGUUGUUAAUAAGCAACCUACCAGAGUACCAGGAUGGCUGCUACACCAAGGAGGAUGUUGCCAAUGUGCUUAUCCCAUUUGGAUUUCAAUAUACAGACGAGAGCAUCUACGUUAUCCCUCAGGCACGCAUGGCUUUUGCCCUCAUGCCGCGUGUAAAGCAGGUCCAAAACAUCAUGAGAGUGUCAUCAGGGGGCAACCUUGUUCUCAAUGGGUCUAAGCUACGUAUGGAAGUUGUGAAAGUCGACAUUCCCAUGACAUCGUUUGAGUUUUAUACAACUUUGAUGAUACUGAUGCGUUGUAAGACGAUGGAUACAGGAGCAAGAACAAUCUACAUCAAGAACAUCUCACAUAGCGAAGUCAGAGAUCUCAGGGAAACUCUGAGGAAAAUCGAUUCAGUCAGAAACUUCCUGCCUCUCCUCGAUGAGGUGUUUAUUGAGUUUGAUUCCAUUCGUGACGCCGACCGCCUCGGUGUCUGGUUCAGCCUCCUGAAAAAAGGCUUCAGCUUCAAAGUCUACAGGCAGAAAAUACCACACAGUGCAAUUAUAGCACUAUCUCCAAGGCUGCCAGCAAAUGCUUUCCCAGACAGCAGCAAGGAUGUUGUUGCAGGUGCAACCAUCCCAGCAACAACGUUUGUUGUACCCAAGGGAAGCAAUGCACCGUUCUGGGUCACAAUGACGACUAACCCCUUUGUGUUUCCUACCAUGUCUCCUUGGUUCAUCAUCCCAGAAUUCCUGACAAUCAGUAAAGAGGAGGAUGUUGAGAGUGUCGGCCCUCGAGGUUCAGCUCUGUCCACCAUCAUGCUGACUGGUUUACCCGACAACAGCUACAACCACGAGGACGUGGCUCAGCUGGUGUGGCCUUACCUCCCCAGUCAGGAUCUUCAGUCUCUGUACUACAACGUGACUGUGCUGCCGCUGCAGAGGAGGGCCUUUGUGUAUUUCAGCAGCUGGGAUGCUUGCUGCCGUUUUGUCCGAGAUCACAUAAAAAACCCACUUUGUGUCACAGACAGCAACAUCCAUGUCCACGUGGUCUUAGAAGACAUGAAUCCUGGAUCCAGUGAGGAGACCAUGUACAGAUCUUUGAUGAAAUGGAGCAAUGCUCACGUUCCAGAUCUGGAGUCUCUGGAGGAGCGGCUGCUGGUUGUGGAGAUCUCUGAGACGACCAUGGACCUCGUCAUGUUGGUCAUGGACGUGGUGGCAUCCAUUGCUUCUUUUGUCAGCUUCCUGCCACUCGCCAACAGGAUAUGCAUUGAGAUGGCUGAAUCCAGCGGCGUAACACAGGUGGUGGAGAGGAUUCCCUCCAUGCACUUGUCCUUGCAUGAGGUUUGGAGUAAAGUCCGACUCAUUGAGCCUUUGAAGAGCCUCAAACAGCGCGUGCAAGACUCUAGUGGGAUCACAAUAAACCUUGGAACAGACACUGUAGUCAUCAACGCCAACCCCCCAACACAUGAAACAGAGCCUCAUCCUCCUCCUUCUGAUAAUAAACCAGCACCUCCUGCUGGAUCCACCAUCCCUGAGUCCGUCACAACAGAUUCAAGUGACGUAGAAAUGACAGAGAAUGAUGAGAAACCAGAAACGGAGAUCUCAACAGACACAAACAUUGUUCCUACAGCAAGUAAAGAUGUGGAGAAAGAAGAAGUGAAGGAACCGGAGUCACCAACAACUUCACCAACAGCUUCCAGCUCCGCUCCUUCGUCCACAGCCCUCGUCCAGCCGGAGGAAAGCGUUGCAGAGCUUCCUCACAUUGACAGUGACCUUGCAAAAGCAAUUACAGCGGCAGUUCGACAGCACAGACUCGCUCGAGAAAUCGCUGCACAGAACGAGAACAGAGAGAGCCCCAACAAAAACGACACAAGUUCCAGAAAUGUAAGAGACGAAAACACACUACAAGACAAGGAUCAGAAUGACUUCGGUGGUGAGGUUUCUUCCGAUACAUUAUUUGAUGAGCAAAAUUUUAACCUGGAGGACUUUGUCACUGUUGAUGAGAUUGGCGAUGACGUGGAAGACACAGCCCUCGACCACCGCAGCUCCUCCGCAUCCAAGCAAUCCUCCAGAGGGAAACAAAAAAGACAAAGCUCAGAUGUGUCGUCUGCUUCCAGACAAACCUCAACAAGGUCUUCUAAGGACUCCAAGAGCUCAGCCUCCACUGCAUCCUCCUCAACAAAGCCAGAUAAAGCCUCAGUGAGAAGCAGUUCAGCCUCUUUAUCACCAAAAAGACAAAAAGUCUCAUCUGAGCCCAUCAAAUCCCACACCAAAUCCUCACCCUCUGCUAGUGCCAGCGAAAGCUCCGCCUCCUCUUCCACGCGGUCCACUCCCACCUCCCCGAGCAAGACGGUGUCUCCAGCCAGAGCAUCCCAUCCUUCAUCCUCGCCUUCCUCAGGUGGGAGAACCCGCUCAUCAAAGGCAGCAUCAGCAGCUGCUGUUGAGACUCCAGUAGAAAGUGGUCAGUCAAGUAGAGAAGGAUCAAAAUCAAGAGAGAGCGCAGGGGAAAAGUCUGACUCCAAGGUGUCAUCACAGGAGGCUGCUGCAGAAAUUGUUGAGUCGGAGACAAAAAUUGAAACCGAGAUUCAUUCGCCUGCACAAGAACCGAAGUCAGAGUUGUUGAGCCGAACCCAGAGUCUUGAGAUUGAUUCUAAGGACCAAACACACAAAGAGUUGAAUAAAAGUGAAACUGAAGACACUGAAAAACAAACUGGGGAGAAGGAGAGUGAAAAUGACCAAACACUUGAUUUCCCCAAUGACAAAAUGAAUAAACCAGUGAAUGAAGAGAGGACCCAAGACAGCAACACCAAACCAGAGUCCCCUGGACAUGGGGAAGGGCAUCAGGUCUUAGACACUGUUGAAGGUAAAGUUUGCUCAGAAAAGGGCAGUGAAAUGGAAAUGGAUGCAUCUUUCCAAGUGAUAGACAGUUUCAGUGAAGACCAGACGGCCACAGUUCAAGAGGACGGUCAUCGGGCUGAAGGUCACGGUUCCUCAGUAAAACCUGAGGAAGUCACAAUUCAAGUAGUUGACAGUUCUGAUAAAUUUGCAGCUGAAGAUGCAUCUGAGUUAGAUACAGAUAGAGAACAAACACCAAGGACCAGAGGACAAAAGGACGGAGAACUUCUUUCAGAAGAAUCCUGCAAACAAGAUUCUGGUCCAGUCCCAACUGAUGAAGACAAAGACUCAAAGACGAACAAUGCACCUGAACAAGAAUCAUUUGAGAUAUUGGAUUCAAUUGAUGAUCAGACUGAAACAGAAGAUGAGAAACCUGAAGCUCCCGGUGACCAGGUACAGAGAGAAGACGUAAAACCCGUAGAAGAGGAGGAAGAGGAAGCGUACGAGGUAAUCGAUUCUCUGGAAGAUCAGCCAACAACUGCUGAAAUGAAGUCAGAGGCUGACAACAAGGAAACAAGAACAAGAAAAGGCAAUGCAACAGGUAAAAGAACCGAAAGAGCAACCAGGAGGAGUGGCCCAACGACCAGAACAUCUAAAAACGAAGAGAAAGCGAAAUCUCCUAGAAAACUGGACCGGACAGUUAAAGAAUACGAGACUAGAACAAGGAGCGGCAGUACAAGAAAAGAUCGGAAGAGUGACGAGAACACUGAGGAGAUGAUCUAUGAGAUCGUAGAUUCUGUUGAAGAUGAAUUGGUUCGAGGUGGAGAAAAGGCUGCCAGAGGAAACAAAGAGGUUAAGAAGAGGUCUGAAGAGGCUGCGUACGAGAUCCUGGACUCUGUGGAGGACAAGUCCACAGAUGAACCAGCCGUCUCCAGAUUUACCAGAGGAAGACGGGAAAGAGCAGCUAAGAAAGAUUCUUCCACUGAGAAAACCAAACAAGAACGAACAGCACCAAGGAGGCGGCACACCCCCGCCAGAGAUUCACAAGAACGUACCAGCGAGAAAACCCAGAAGAUGGAAGCAACUCUAAAAGAGAGUACACCAACGAAGAAGAGUGACACCGCCUUCAGAAUAUUAGACUCUGUGGAGGACGGCGUUGUUGAGGUUGAUCAGCCCACGGCACCAGAAAAAGGACGACGGAGACGAGCGAAGAAAGGCCUGAAAACAACUAAAAACCAAACCGCCGUCCUGAAGAAGGAAGAAACGCCCGAUGAAGGAGCGAAUGAAGAAGAAGAAGACAUGUAUCAGGUUCUUGAUUCUGUUGAAGAUGAGACGGUUGAUGAUCAGCCUCCAACGAAGAAGUCCAAGAGUGGAAGAACGUCAACCUCCAGAAAAACAAAGACGGGGAGAAACUCGACCCAGGAGGAGGAGGAGGAGGAGGAGCCUCUGUAUCAGAUCGUAGAUUCUGUGGAAGACGAUCAAGUUCAAGACGAGACGGACGCGUCGGACGAAAAGAAGGAGGACGUCCAUCAGACAAAAGCCACAGAGGCUGAGGACACGUCCACCCACAUGUUUAAGGAGGACGGUCUUCAUCAGUCUUCAUCUGGACAUGUAGAAGAGGAGGACAAACCAACACCUGAGCCACAAAGUGAUGACGCAACGACAGGAGAGAAGGAGGAGGAGGCGCCACAGAGCUCCUUAGUGAACCUGGACGAAGUGAGCGAGGAGGAGGAGGACUAUCCCGACGACACGGCCGAGGAGGAAGAACUGAAGAGGAGGCAAGCUACCGCCAACGAACGGGAGGAGAGGAGGUCCAGGGAGCGGAGGAGUCGGAGCAGCAGCAGAGGAGAAGGAGGAGUGAGGAAGGCUAAGGAGAGGAGGCAGGAGAAAGAGGAGGACCCCCAGGAGCUGGUGACCCUGGAUGAGGUGGGAGGAGAUGAGGCUGAUCAGGACGGAGCGUCGGAGGCUCAAGACUGGGACACAGCGAUUCCAGAGGGAGAACUGCAGUCACUGGUAACUCUGGAUGAGGUCGGGGAGGAGGAGGAGGAGCAGGAGGAGGAGGAGGAGGAGGAGGAGCAAACACUCAACCAGGAGAACCAGGCAGAGGAGACCUUCAACCCAGAGACGUCGGUGACUGUAGAUGAAGCAGCUGAGGAGGAGAAGGAGGAGAAGGAGGAGGAUAAACAGGAAACAGAGAGAACGUCCAGAUCCACUAAACGCAAACAUGACGACGCCGCAGAGGAGAGUAUGAACUUUGUGACGGUGGAUGAGGUGAAGGAGGAGGAGCAGGAGGAGCAGGAGGAGGAGGAGGUGGUGACCAGCACCAGGAGCCAAGGUCAAGCCAAGAGGAGAACCCGACAGACUCCUGUGAGAAAAUCCACCAGAGCAAACGAUGAGAGAGAAGAAGAAGAAGAACAGGAAGCACGACCUCGUUCUGAUUCAUCCUCCGCUCUGGACCCGGACUCGUCUGGACCCUCGGCUCAGAACCAGAGGACGGAGGAGGAAGCAUCGAGUCCGUCCAACCGGGACGUUAAAGGUCUGAGUAAACAGAGGAGGGAUGUGAUUGGUCCUGAAGUGAAAAGGUCUCGUUCUGGUUCUCCUUGCGUCGCUGCUGACUUCAAACUGCCCCCGUUCCCCCCCCACACCCCCCUCGGUGAGAACCCCCCCCAGUAGAACCAGCUCCUCAUCAGGUCUAAAC